AUGAGGAUGAUUGACCGACAUCUCCCACCAGGGCUCCAGCUCCUCCCAGAAUACCAAAGACAAGUUCUCAAGUGGGAGGUUGACACCGUGAAUACAACCACGUACUCCAGAUCAGCACAGGAAGUCAUGAUAAAUUUAUGCGGAGAUCUGGAAUUUAUGACCCGAGCUCUGCAAGAGAGAGACGAGCAACUAGCAGAACAGGAAAGACGAAUCGAAAAGAUGGAAGAGCUUGCUAUUAUUGAUAUGGCCAGACUCCGUGCGGCGAACGAGCAGAUCGAUGAGCUGGAAGCAGAAGUGGGCGAGCUGAUGGGGAAGUUGUAUGAGGAUGACGGCUCGGAUGGACCGGAGGUUUACAGUGAUGCCGUGGAGGAGAUGAAGGAGGAAAGUGAAGAGUUGGAUCAGCAUGAGGUUCGGGAUAAAUCGGAAGCGGGCAGUGAGGAUUCGGAACAGCUGAAGAAAUUGGGCGAAGAGUUGGAGGAGGUAUUGCGUAUGGCGAAGAAGGCAACCUUGGAGGAGGCAGCAAAGAAGUAG